CAUCUGAAUGAUCAGAGGGGAGGCCGUAGGAGCAAUGGCAGCUUGCAGUUGCAGUUGCGCGGGCAGGUGGGGUGUUGGGAGCGUGGCGGGGCAAGCGGGUGGGAAGAGAUGUUUAAACAUCAGAGCGGCUGUGGAAGCAGGAGUAGGAGGGACCAGACUAUCAGGGGUGUUGGAGUGGGAGGUGGGAAAGCGGCUGCAGGUGCAGAGGGCUCCAAUUGCGCCCAAUUUGACCACCAUCAGGUCUUUGGACUGGGACCGCGAUCGCUUUGACAUAGAAUUUGGAUUACAAAAUGGGACUACAUACAAUUCAUUUAUAAUUGAUGCUGAUAAGCCAACUGUAAUUGAUGCUUCACAUGAAAAGUUCAAAGGACUUUACCUGUCAGCAAUCAAGGAACAAAUUGAUCCUAGUACCAUUGAGUAUGUUAUAGCAAAUCACACAGAACCUGACCAUAGUGGUCUUAUUCCCGAUCUCCUAGAGCUUGCACCAAAUGCAACAAUAGUUGGAUCUAAAACUUGCAUUAUGUUUCUUCAAAAUCUUAUUCUACGCCCAUUCAAAAGCUUAAUUGUGAAGGGAGGUGACACUCUAAACCUAGGAAGGGACCAUGUGUUAGAAUUUAUAAUGGCACCAAAUUUGCAUUGGCCUGAUACCAUGUUCACUCUUGACCAUGGAACAAAAGUUCUCUUCACAUGUGAUGCAUUUGGAAUGCACUAUUGUUCUGAGUUGGUAUAUGAUGAAGACUUAGGUGCUAUAGAACCACAUUAUAGGUUCUACUAUGAUUGUUUGAUGCGGCCGAAUUCACGUUCUGUCAUAAAUGCAUUGAAAAGGGUUUCUGAGAAGGAUUUCAGUAUUGUAGCAACAGGUCAUGGUCCUCUUUUAAGGUACAAUAUAGCUGAACUGAUGAAUAAAUAUGAGAUGUGGAGCAAAGAAGCACUGCAAAAACAGUUGGCAAUAGUUGCUGUACUUUAUGUAUCUGAUUACGGAUUUAGUGAUCGGCUAUCUCAGACUUUAGCAAGAGGCUUGACCAAGACAAACAUUGGUGUGGAGAUGAUGGAUCUUAACAUUGUAGAUAUACAAGAUAUGAUAGAGUGUGUUGGCCGAUGUGCUGGAGUUGUCAUUAUGGCUCCUCCUAGCUCUGGACCUGCCAAUAAAGCUCUAAGUACACUUUAUGCAGCUGUGAAGCCAAAGCAGCCAAUUGUUAUAGCAGAGAGCUAUGGAGGAGAUGAUGAGCCUGUUGAUACAAUAGCACAACGAUUUGUAGGACUGGGGAUUUCUCUUCCAAUUCCACCUUUAAGAAUAAAAGAGAUACCAAAUGAGGCAACUUACCAGCAGUUUGAGGAAGCUGGAACUGAUUUGGGGCAGCUUUUAUCUCAGAAGAAGACAAUUGAGGAAAAAAAAGCAGGCAUGCCUAUUAACGUUGCCAAGGCUGUAGCACGCAUUUCAGGGGGACUCUAUGUUGUCACAGCUAUGAAGGGAGCAUCCAAAGGUGCAAUGAUUGCUUCAUGGGUAUCACAAGCUAGCUUCAAGCCCUUGGGUAUAACUAUUGCAGUGGCAAAGGAUCGAGCCAUUGAAUCAUUAAUGCAGGUGGGAGACAUGUUUGUUCUUAACUGUCUAGAGGAUGGAAACUACACACCCUUAAUGAAGCAUUUUCUGAAGCGUUUUCCAGCAGGAGCUGACCGAUUUGAGGGAGUGCAGUGGACCUCAGCGUCAAAUGGGUCUCCUAUUUUGAUUGAUUCAAUAGCAUAUUUAGAAUGUAAAGUUGUAAGCCGCAUGGAGACAAGUGAUCACUGGAUAGUAUACUCUCAUGUUACUGAAGGAAGUGUGUCCAAACCUGAAGGACGCACUGCAUCCCAUCAUAGGAAAGUAGGAAACUACUACUAAGACCAGUUUUGUUUUGUUCUCAGGCUGCAGUCCAUCGGUAAGGUUGGGCCCUUAUCUCAAAGCCCCAGGUUCGUUCAUGAUCCUGGCAAGCAUGUGUAAAAAUCCUCAGCCAUGAACCUUCAUUAAAAAAGGUUUGAUUUAAUAUUCCAUGCACAUUGUAAAGUAAUCUUUCAAUCUUGAAGAUAGCCCCAAGAAGGCAUUACCCUUUUAUCACACAAUAUAGUUUUUCGUUUAUGCA